AUGAUGGGCACCUGCCGCAUGAUCUGCGACCCCUACACGGUCGCACCCGGCGGGGGGCCCGCGGGCGCCAAGGCCCCGCCGCCCGGACCCAGCACUGCCGCCCUGGAAGUCAUGCAGGACCUCAGCGCCAACCCUCCACCCCCUUUCAUCCAGGGACCCAAGGGCGACCCGGGACGACCGGGCAAACCCGGAUCGCGGGGACCCCCUGGCGAGCCUGGGCCGCCAGGGCCCAGGGGCCCCCCAGGGGAGAAGGGGGACUCGGGGCGUCCGGGGCUGCCUGGGCUGCAGCUGACUGCCGGCACGGCGGGCGGCGUCGGGGAGGCGGGCGGCGGAACCGGGGGCGCAGGCGACGCGGAGAGCGAGGUGACCAGCGCGUUGAGUGCCGCCUUCAGCGGCCCCAAGAUCGCCUUCUACGUGGGUCUCAAGAGCCCCCACGAAGGCUACGAGGUGUUGAAGUUCGACGACGUGGUCACCAACCUGGGCAAUCACUACGACCCCACAACAGGCAAGUUCAGCUGCCAGGUGCGGGGCAUCUACUUCUUCACCUACCACAUCCUCAUGCGCGGCGGCGAUGGCACCAGCAUGUGGGCAGACCUCUGCAAGAACGGGCAGGUACGGGCCAGCGCCAUCGCUCAGGACGCGGACCAGAACUACGACUACGCCAGCAACAGCGUGGUCCUGCACCUCGACUCUGGAGACGAGGUGUACGUGAAGCUGGACGGCGGGAAGGCUCACGGGGGCAACAACAACAAGUACAGCACGUUCUCGGGCUUUCUUCUGUACCCGGACUAGAGACUCGGCUCCGCGAGCGCGCGGCGGUGGCAGGGGCGCUCGGCUUCCUGGCCACGGCUAUUCGCAGCUGCUGACAGCUCCGGUAGAAAAGACACAUCCCUCCUGCCCCCGUUCCUCCCGCCCUCCUGGACUUCAUGUACCUGCGACUCACCGCACUUUGAGCUGUGCCCCUGGUCCCCACCCUGCCCAGUCCCCAAGCCGGGGAGAGAAACGCAAGCACGCAAAAGGCGAGCUGGGCGGAAACCUACUACAUCCCUGUCCGAGGACAAAAACUUUUAGACGUGAUUAGACUGGACAGGCCACCUCCCGGGCCACCUGCCCUCUGUAGGUCCUCUUUAGGCCCCUGGGCCUGGAAAGGGAGGUUGGCCAAGAGAAAGGGGCUCCUUGAGGGGGUCCUUUGUGACCCGAAAUACUUGUGCGAAUUUCUUGUCCAUCUGCCAAAAAAAAAAAAAAGCCACCCGCAUCUGAAUCAAAGCAAAGGAAAAUUCACCUCGCCACCCUGCACUCAGCCCCACUGCGCUGUGCCACGCCACAUUAAAUGAUGUUUUUAAAC